AUGUGGGGCCUACUCGAACGAGAAGUCUGGGACUGCUUCGUCCCAGCUGCCAUUCGGGAGGAUAUUGUUCUCCCAGAGCUUCGUAAACCUGGGUCAUCAUGGGAUUCCGACGACAGUGCACGAUCCUACAACAGAGGUUUGACUCCUUACCAAAGGGCACUCCGAAAGCGAGAAAAGAAAAAGGCUAAAGAACUUGGUGUGGUAAAAGAUGAUGGGGCCUUUGCUUUCUUGACUGCCCUUUUGUUGGAACCGGAAGACGCAACCGAAGGAAUCAACCCACCACCUAUCUACUUUGAAAUGCACAAGAUUCCCAAGGCUCCAUCGUGGAGUGACAAACAAGUGGACAAUGACUGGUUGCCAAGUCCACCAUCUCUUGCCUAUGACGAUUACAACAUCUCUGGAAACUGA